CUGCUAUCUGUUCAGCUUAGCACGCUAAGAAGCUGGAGAGGUACCCUGCAGCCUGGAUUAGUUCUCUGUCUUGGAAAAGUGUUUGACUGCUUCAAGAAAUCACGAAGUCAAUCCUGGUCACAUUGUGGGAUUGUAUUGAGCUUUUUUUUUUAAAGUUUUUAAAUGUUUAUAUUUAAAUGCCAGUAAGCUCGGAGACCAUUUAUUUCAAAGAAGGCUUUUGAUUUCUGAGGCUGGCAAGGGCAUAAAAUGACAUGAGAGCUUCUCAGCAGGAUUCCAAAUGCAUGAAAGAUUUUUCUAAGCACCUACAAUGUUCAGAACAGGGAUGCAGGGAUGUCCUGGAAAAUCUAAAAUUCUGGCUUAACCCUUGAAGCUUUGAAAACAAUGGCUGAAAAGGAAAGAUGAACUCCUAGAGACUCCCUCUCUCCCUCUGGAAAUGAUUGAGGUUUGCCACCACAGUUUGCUGCUUUGGCUUUUCCCAUCUAAAUUUGGUGUCUUCAUGUGCUGUCCAGCAUCUACUACAGGUCAGAUGGAGCUUAGGAAGACAAGGGAGCCUAGUAAUAAACGGGUCAAACCCCUUUCCAGAGUUACAUCACUAGCCAACCUCAUCCCACCUGUGAAGACCACACCAUUAAAGCGCUUCAGUCAAACCCUGCAGCGCUCCAUUAGCUUCCGCAGCGAGAGCCGCCCUGACGCCCUCGCCCCCAGACCCUGGUCCAGAAAUGCUGCCCCCUCAAGCACGAAGCGGAGAGACAGCAAGCUGUGGAGUGAGACCUUUGACGUGUGCAUCAAUCAGAUGCUCACGUCCAAGGAAAUCAAACGUCAGGAGGCAAUCUUUGAGCUUUCUCAAGGAGAAGAAGACUUGAUAGAGGACUUGAAAUUAGCAAAAAAGGCCUAUCACGACCCCAUGCUGAAACUCUCCAUAAUGACAGAACAAGAGUUGAAUCAAAUUUUUGGAACACUGGACUCUCUAAUUCCUCUGCAUGAAGAGCUCCUCAGUCAGCUUCGAGAUGUCCGUAAGCCCGAUGGCUCAACUGAGCAUGUUGGUCCCAUCCUCGUGGGCUGGCUGCCUUGUCUCAGCUCCUAUGACAGCUACUGUAGCAAUCAAGUAGCUGCCAAAGCUCUGCUGGACCACAAAAAACAAGAUCACCGAGUCCAGGAUUUCCUACAGAGAUGUUUAGAAUCCCCCUUUAGCCGCAAACUAGAUCUCUGGAAUUUCCUUGAUAUUCCAAGAAGCCGUCUGGUGAAAUACCCUCUGCUUCUUCGAGAAAUCUUGAGGCACACACCAAAUGAUAAUCCGGAUCAGCAGCACUUGGAAGAAGCUAUAAACAUCAUUCAGGGGAUCGUGGCAGAAAUCGACACCAAAACUGGGGAGUCUGAAUGCCGCUAUUAUAAAGAGCGGCUUCUUUACUUGGAGGAAGGCCAGAAAGACUCCCUGAUCGACAGCUCACGAGUCUUGUGUUGUCAUGGUGAACUGAAAAACAACCGGGGUGUGAAACUGCAUGUUUUCCUGUUCCAAGAAGUGCUUGUGAUCACUCGAGCCAUCACCCACAAUGAGCAGCUCUGCUACCAGCUGUACCGUCAGCCAAUCCCGGUAAAGGACCUCCUGCUGGAAGACCUGCAGGAUGGAGAAGUGAGGCUGGGCGGCUCCCUGCGUGGGGCAUUCAGCAACAGCGAGAGAAUUAAAAACUUCUUCAGAGUCAGUUUCAAAAAUGGAUCCCAAAGUCAGACCCACUCGCUACAAGCCAAUGAUACCUUCAAUAAACAGCAGUGGCUCAAUUGUAUUCGUCAAGCCAAAGAAACGGUUCUGUGUGCCACCGGGCAGGCUGGGGUGCUUGACUCCGAGGGACCGUUCCUAAAUCCCACCACCGAGAGCAGGGAGCCACGGGGAGAAACAAAACUUGAGCAGAUGGACCAAUCAGACAGUGAGUCAGACUGUAGUAUGGACACAAGUGAGGUCAGCCUCGACUGUGAGCGCAUGGAACAGGCAGACUCUUCCUGUGGGAACAGCAGGCACGUUGAGAGCCACAUCUGACAGAAUGUACUUCCUGGAAGAAACCCUGUGUCUUACCUGUACAGUGUUUGCAUUCCACACAUGGAACGGUUUGGAGAAGCACUUUUUAAUACUUUUGUGCCCGUGUUGGCCUAGUGUCUUCUAUCUGUACCUUUGUCCCUAUUACUGCAACUGCUGAUCUGUUUGUGUAAGCUGGAAUCCAUGGCAAAUGUUACCCUGAAUUGUAUUUCACAAGUGUCUGGAUGGAUGGAGAGGUACUUGAACAAGUUACUUUCAACUGCUUUGCUGGAUUUUUAAAAAAUGGAAAAAGAAUCUCUAAACUACUGUUUUAUGUAGAUUGCUUGAAGAGUUCUUCCUCCUGUGUGCCUCUAGUGCUUGUCCAGCUCUUGGGCGUGGUAGCUGAAGGCAUGGAAUUUAGACAGCCUUGCAAACAGCACAUGAGAAAGCCAUUCAUGGCGCUGGAGGCAGAAGCGGGAAAGAUCAACCCUUGAAGUGAACUUGAUUUGAUGUUAUUCAACUAGAAUGUGUGAAAACAUCCCUGGGGAUGCUGAAGGCUUACUUUUGCAAAGCAGGAAACAUAGUCUGAACCUUGAAAUUUCAUCUAGUGCCAGCUUGAUGUAAGAAUCUGUUAGGACAUGAAAUAGAAGUUGACGUUAAAAGGCCCAGGACAAAAGCAGCUGCUAGCUGUGAAUCUUUAACUGAAAUGAGCAUGGCACCAAGAGGUGUCUCUCAUAGUUGGUGACCAACCUAAAACAUCAGUAUAAGAACCCAGAGGGUCUGGGAAAACAUGCCAGGAUAACAAGAAGACCCUGUCUUCAUUUUGUUUCAUCUGCCCAGGCCUACUCAUACUUGAGAGCGUGAAUGAAGUGACAGGGAAACAGGCUGUGACUCUGUCAGUGACUCUUUACAGAAACACAGGAGAGGAAGAAUUUGGAAUGAGAAGUAUUUCAGAACCUUCUGUGGGAACCAUUAAAAGAGAAAAAGCAUGGCCCAGUCCAUUUUGAGAAAGGCCAGAGCCUUGGGUUUUCCUGCUCUGCUUUUAGGUGGUCAGUUUGCCAUCUCUGGUUCUGUACUGUAAUCAGAAUUAUAAUUACAUUCUCCAGAGGCCAACUUCAUUAACUCUGAUUAAUUAGGAUCAGCUAGCCAAACUAGUAACCUCUUUGUCCAGCCUUGAUUUUACAGUGCAGGGUGGAGUGCAGACCUUGAAAAAAGUCAACUAAAUACACAGAAAAG